GCCACAAAUACAGCUUGUAUAUUUGUGCCUUAUAUAGGCCAAUUUAAUCUCGUGUGUCAGUAGAUUUUGUUUACGCGUAAAUAGCACGAGCCUUUUGACAGGUGUGAUUCAUAGAUGCUAUUUUUCCGACAGCUGUUUUUAACAACUGUUCGUAUGUGACCAAUAUGUUGUCUUUUUUUCUGAAUUAUAACUAAACAUGAGCCGUUUGGGAGGUAUUUACCGGGACGAGAAUGUCGUCUGUUCGACAACUUGUGAAAUCUACAUCCCGUCGUCCAUACCAGAAUCGGGUACUUCCGCUGUGAAAUGUGAGUUGCAUUCGUUCGGACGCUGUGACGUAUACCUGAUUCAAACCACAGCUUUGUCCCAGACUAAAACUAGGUCAAUUCUGGACAUACCGGGUCAGCAGAAGGUGAGGAUGGACUUGGAUCUGAACAACAUUUUGGCGGACAACCUCCACUACAUAACCAAGGACCAGUACUGGUACGAGUUCUCGCGGCGCUAUGGCGCCAUAGAGCGCUGUGUGACGGUACACUUCUGUAAGGAGGACGAGCAUUGUGACCGGUUCCUGGAGCUCCUACAGGUCACGUUCAGCACCCUGGGGGAGUGUAGGCGACGUAAUAUCCAACCCGAGCACUCGUAUCGCCUGAUAGCGUUUGAAAUCGUCGGAAGAAUAAGUAUAGCUAGUUCCACAGCGUCCGAGGCUGUAGGGAGGGAGAGGAGCGGGGGAUACACGUACGAGAUGCCGUGGGACUGCGUGCUGGACGUACAUCUGGGGAGGGAGGAGAGAUCUCUGGAAGAGGAACAUGCCAUAUUCACUCAUAUCGUUCACAAGAAAUCAAUCUCAAAACCAAAGGCAGUUGAUUUAGAUGAUGGACAAAUUGAUGGAGCAUUGGACAGUCUUCUAGACAAAUUAAAGUCACGUGACACGCCGGAUAGGUACCUUCAGUGUCAGAAAUGUUCUGAGCCAUUCGCGCGGGAUUUCAGGCGCCCUAGACUUCUACCGUGUCUUCAUACUCUCUGCUCCAAGUGCUUAGAUGAAACGAAUACCGUUGAUACAGUUCAAUGUCCAGUCUGUGAUAGUAGAUUUAACAUCGAUGAUGUAGAAAAAGAAUGUCCCGAAGAUUUGACUAGAUUUGAUAUCUUGGAUUUCCGUAAUCUAAAUGACGAAAACUACAGGCUGAAUUGUAGCGUGUGUCCAGACAAGGUUGCAACGCACAGAUGUAUUAGGUGUGCAGAAUGGCUAUGUCCCGAAUGCCAAGAAGCGCACCAAAGAGUCACGGCAACAAAGAAACACGCUCUUUCGCCCAUUGAUGAUAUCAAACGUGGUAAAAAAUUAGACGUUUUCAAGAGAAAUGUGAUUUGCAAGCGUCAUUCUGAAAAUAGUUUGAAAUUUUACUGUACCGCCGAACCUUGUAUGGAGCCAGUGUGUGCAACGUGCUUAUUAGAGAAAUGUGAAGAGAUGGACAGACACAAGGCUGUGGAGAUAGAAAACAUUGCAAGAGAAAAACGUCAGCAGGUUUACAGGCUUAAAAACGCAAUCCAUGAAAAGCAGAAGAACGUCGCUGAAACUAUCGAACGAAUUGAGAUCGAAAAGAAAAGUAUCGAGGAUACUGCACAGCGAGUGGCCGAAAACAUUGAUUCGACAUUCGAAAGCUUAAUGAAGGUACUUGAAAAGAAUAAGAUCGAACUAAAGACGGAGUUACAGAAGGUGGCUAAAACGAAACUAGAGAUGUUGGAAGAACAAACAACGGGGCUUGUUGCUCUGAAGAAACAAAUGGAGGACGCCGAAGAUGUAACGGAUUGUGUCUUGGUGUCUCCAAACUCAGUUGCCUUCAUGCAGACGGAGAGGAUCGUCUUGAAGAGACUCGAUAAACUUGCUACUGGGGUAUACGAGGCCAGUCCACGUGAGCUUCCGACCUUCGGUUUCUACGAUGACUCCUUGGAGUCAAAGUUGGAGCAGGUUGUGGCACACAGCGCCCAGAUCUGGUCCUCUUCCAUCUCUCCAGGCAAAUCAGUGACCAUAGUGGACGAAACUUACUGGGAGGAUGACUCGGUCAGGUUCACAGUGAUACCACAAGACUACCGAGGGAUUCCGAUCAAAAUUGACUCUGCUGUGAUGAGAGCGACCAUCAAAGACACAAAAGGAAAUACCAUCAGCUGUGUUCUGACGCCAAGACAGGACGACUAUUCUCUGAUUGACGUCACAGCUGACGUCAGCGGAUUAGGGCGCCACCUACUCAGUGUCUACAUGGGUGACACCAUUGUUGCAUCUGCCGAGUUUGACCGAACUCGAGUGUACCUCCGGUCUACCUUACCGCUGGGCCAGGCACAGAAGGUUAUCUCCCUUGAUUUGGACGAGACAGAUGCUUGAAAGCCAAGAUGCUGCAGAAUGUGAUAUUGUUCAACGUACCACUAAUGUGUUGUGAAGUUCUCUACAGAUACACUACUGUUAACAAUAGCAUUAAGGAGAAAGUUUUGUUUGUGGCAUUAUAAAUUGGCAUCUGGCCCCGAGGUUAUAAAACUUUUUCCAUACUCAUACUCCAACUCGUACUCCGUACUCCGAGUAUGUACUCCACUGAGUACGACUCUAAAAACCGAGGUUAUAAAAGUUUUGGAGUACGUUCUCCGCUGAGUACUAUUUGGAGUAUGCUCCAAAAGCCGAUCGGUGAAAUUUUACGUCUCCGGAGAAAGACAGAGAUCGGUAAUUCAUGUAAAUAGUCCUGGCAUGUAGGCAAACUGUACAUGUAUUCAGAUUAAUUAUUUAUCAACAAAAUGUAACACAUUAUUUACAUGCACAUAUUACCUUCUUCAUCUGCAAGCAUGGAAAUGUGUCUGCAUCUAUAACUUAUGAAUUUUUGAUAAAUCCAGUGUAAUUGGUAAAAUGAUCAACAAAUUGUGUUUAUGUCAAAUCUCUCUCUCUCUCUCUCUCUCUCUCUCUCUCUCUCUCUCUCUCUCUCUCUCUGAUAUGAAUAUAAAAGAAAGAAGUAAGAAUUUACACGGAUAUGAAAAGAGUAUUUCAACAUAGAAUUUAGUUCGAUAUAUCUUAAGUUUUCCUGGCUUUUUAACGAUUUUGAUAUUUUACAUGCCAGGAAAAGGUCAGACACGACGCCAAUACAAAACUGGAAGUCACUGUCCCCAAGUGGAUAUCUCUUAAGAUAUUUAGUGAGCAGUUCCUGUAUUAAGAAAAACAGGAAAGAGUUUAAUUAAAAAAUACAAACAUAUACUUGGGAAAAUCACAAAAAUACUGAGAAAAUUCGUUUAUUUUCACACUCAGAAAGUAUAAACUAAGGAAAUUAUAUCGGUAUUCCAAUUUAAUUGCAACAUACUAUAUUUGCCCUAAUUAAUUCUUGUGAGAAAAAAAACAUAAUAUCUUGAAGGGGUGGGGUGGGAGUUGGGGUUGGAAUUGCAUCAAUGAACAUAUGCCAAAAGCCAAGGACACACGUAAAGUUUCUCAUUUCAAUAUUUUUGGAAAUGUGCACGAGAGUAAGAAAAUUCAGUAAUUGAAAUAUUUUUGAAAUUUCCAAUGUGAGGACCACGUUAAACCGAAACAACGUGUUCAAGGAAACUGUGUACUAAAGUUGCUGUAACCCUUUUUGUGGGGUUUUAUUGAUGGUUCAAGUUUUUCUCACUUAGUCAAGGCCUGAAAAUGUGUGUUUAGAAUUAAUACAUACACGUACUGUGUCAUUUUUAAUCAUAUGAUAUUUUUGAGCAAGCCUUUUCCUAUUCAUCAUUAAAAAAUUCGAAAUACAUGUGUUAAUUUUAAUGCAUUUGACAUAAAUAUUUGGUUACUUUAUCUAAAUAGUUACUUGCUAAUGAAAUAAAACAAUUUAAGAGAUGAAUAUUCCCACAGCUAAGCUAUAUAGAGAAAAAUUUCUCACAUGAAAAUGCGAAGAAGCUAUUUUAUCACAAGAAGUACAUGUAUUUUCAAUCGAUUGCAUAGAAUAACAAUAAUCCUCUCUAAAGAUCGUAAGGUAGGUGAUGUUCCAUGGUAAAAUUUCAUUGAUAUUCAAAUAGACGUUUGAGAUAUUUCUUCUCGUGAUUACCGGUAUACUAAAAGUAAUAAAAUUAUUUACAAUUUUUAAAGGUUUGUAGAUUUAAGACCUACAGUCAUCAAAUCCCUCUGUCUUGUAGAAAUCCAAGAAACAUAUCUUUUUAUUGUUUUUUCUUUCGAAUGACUGUAAAUUAAUCAGUUUAAAAAUAAAGUUCAAUGGGACAAUGUAAAUUAAUGAAGUUUUAAUAAAAGAUAACUAUAUAUACCAGCUUAUAUUAUAAUAACAAUGGAAGAGUCGUUAAAACACUAGUUAGUAUAACCAAUUACUUAAAGGUGGGUAUAUGGGUGACUGGUCAUAUUUGAACACAACGACACCGUAACCGCAAUGUUUUUUUUCUGGGUUUUUUAGUUACACCAUUGAACACACGCGUUAUUGAAAUCAGUCUAAUGAAGAGAAAUUCCCCAAGUUAAAAAAAAAGAUAAUUAAGACUCGCAAGUUGUACAUUUUCUUUGCUAGAAGGAGUAUGAUAUUUAAUUUUAUUUGGACAAUUUUUU